CCUCGGUGUGCAAAAUAGCUGAAAGCUACCCUCAGGAUGAGAUCAAGGCAGCUGGUCUGUGGAAUCUGGAGUCUGUGUUUCAUGUUCUGUCUUUUCUGCAUCUUUCUUCACCAAACAACAGCUAAAAGAAAACUGAAGUUUGUGUCCCUAGUAUUUCGCCAUGGUGAUCAUACCCCACAGGAGUUUUUUCCAAAUGAUAAGCACAAAGAAAUUGCAAGACAACAGGGAUAUAGUCAACUUACCAAGCUUGGCAUACAACAACAGUAUGAGCUUGGCCAGUACAUGCGGAGGAGAUACUCUCAUUUCCUGAGCAUUGUAUACAAGCAGUGUGAGAUUUAUGUUCAAAGCACUGACUGUGAUCACACACUUAUGAGUGCUCAGGCAAGUCUUGCCGGACUGUACCCACCGACACAGGGUCAGAUUUGGAACCCCAGAAUCCUUUGGCAGCCAAUUCCAGUUCACACAGUGCCACUGUCACAUGAUAAUUUGCUAUACCUACCUUUCUCACACUGCCCAAAAUACAAGGAGCUUCUGAGAGAAACCUUUGCAACAAGGGAUUUCCAAAGGCAAUUCAAGCACUACAAGCAAUUUCUGAAGUUUUUAGCCACUCAUACAGGAUACCCAUUGAAGAAGUUGACUACUGAAAGGAUUUGGAAGCUCUCUGACACUUUACAAUAUGAGGAUAUUAACAAUUACACUUUACCUGUUUGGGCUACUCAUGGUGUCAGAACCAAGCUGAUAAAGCUGUCAGAAUUGUUAUUGCAGGCGGAAUUUGGGUUCCACAAACAAAUACAAAAAUCACGCUUGCAGGGAGGUAUUCUUUUAAAAACUAUUCUAAAGCAUAUGUCAGAUGCUAGAAAACCUUCAUACCAUCAAAAAAUGGUUAUGUAUUCCACGCAUGCAGCCACCAUUGCUGCCUUACAGAUGGCACUCAAUGUCUUCAAUGGGAAAUUGCCUCCUCAAAGUGCCUGCCAUUUUUUUGAACUUUACCAGGAAAAAAAUGGGCAGUACACCAUAGAAAUGUACUACCGGAAUAAUUCUUUGAGGGAGCCUCACCCCCUCACUCUCCCUGGCUGCAGAUUUCGCUGUCCCCUGGAGAGAUUUACUCAUCUCGUCUCUCCCAUCCUCGUACACUAUUGGACAAGAGAAUGUAGAAUAUAGGACAUCAAAAGAGGUGCUCCCUCCACUAUCUUCAGCAUGGUUCACUUUACAAAAGAAUUCUUCCCACACUGUGAUAUGACUAUGGUCCAUCAUUUCUCAUUAAAUUCCAUCAGCUUGACCAACUGAGUUUCCUGA